AUGAUAGUGAUAUUUUCCAUAGGUAAUCCAGGGCCCAUGAAUAGACAUUCCGUGGGUCACUUGGUGUUGAAGUCAGUAAUGGAUCAUUUAGGAGCUAAGCAACUUGUUAAAUCGUCGGUUUAUUCUUCAUCAACCAUAGAGAAUUUGGUGUUUGUCAAAUCUAAUAGUUAUAUGAAUGAAUCAGAUAAGGCUCUCAAGAAAUUUUUUGAAUCAAACAAGAUCUCGUCUGAUCAGGUGAUAUUGGUGGUACUUUAUGAUGAUUUCGAAAAUGAUUUGGGGAAAGUAAAGAUUUCGAAAUUUAAAAAGAAUGAAUCACAUAAUGGUAUAAAGAGCGUACUGAAGUAUAUGAAGAAUGGUGAUAAUGUAUAUAAAUUAGGAGUUGGUAUAGGUCCAAAGCCUUCUAAUGCCACAAGGGACACCAUGGCUGAUUGGGUGCUAUCACCAUUUAGACUUCAAGACAAGGAAGUCUUAGAAUCGAAAGGGAUUCCCCUUGCUAUUGAUUAUAUAGACUAUAUAUUAGAGGUUGAAGGAGAAGUUGGUGAUACCAACAAAGUCAACGCAUAUUUUUCCAAGCAUUCAUGA